AUGACUUUGAGAAGUCAUGCCGAUGACGAUGAUCCCAUCAAUACUACAUCUACAGGGACAUCUAGUAGUAAUAGCUUGGAGGAGGACCUGAAAGAUCUCCAACAAGACCUUCUCCAUGUAUUUUCCUCGGACAACGUCCAUCAAGACAUUUUGGAAUCGGCCGACUGUUUGAUUCAAUCCUGUUGGAAAGACGUCGAGACCACCAUGCAGCAGUUUCACGCUGUCGUGCAAAAGCAGGCUCUCAUUCAACAAGACAUGACUACCACUACAACGUCUACCAACAGUAGUAGUAAUCGACAAACCCGCAAGAUGCUGCAACAACGACGCCAGCAACGGAGUCAACUACGCCAAUUGCAAUCCCAAGCACAAGAUUUGUCCGUCGAUAUCAUCAUGGCAUUUGCAAAGUUAGAAGCGGCCAUGACUCGAUUUGCUGCCUUUUCUAUUGAUGACACUGCUACUAGUAGUACUAUUAUUGCCCAACAACACUAUGCAAGUCGCAAACAGACUCUGCUGGUAGCAACACGACAACGCAUCGAUCGAUGGCUCUUUCCGCUCGAAAAACAACUUCUGUUUUUAAAUACAUGCAAAAAUCCACCAUCCUCCUCCACAACUACAACUACCACUACCACGACGCAAACCAAUGCCUUGGAAAAUGUCGUGCAUUUUGGAAAAGCACUUUCUCAAAAAUUGGCACAAGAGGAAUUUGGAACGACAACAACAACAACAACAACAACAACACCACCCUCCUGGAGCGUUGACGGUGAUUCCGUCUUGGCAUCUAUUCUACAAGAUGAAAAAGAAGAAACAAUACAAGAACGAUUGGCCCGAUCCAUCACGGUCGCCGACCCACAAACGGCUGCCAAGGUGGCACAACGAUAUCAAGAAAAACUGCAACAGAAGAAAGCACAGUCAUCAUCCUCCACCAAACAAGAGCCAGUCUCUAAUGACGCCACUGUGCCCGAGCAAGGAGAGACCACCGAUAGUGACGCCACUCUGCCUUCUUUGGAGCAAGAAGAUUCAGAAACCAUCAAUUAUACGACAAUGAUAACCACCACCGCUACUAGUACUUCUAAGCAGCAAACGAAGGAAACAGUGGCACCAAGCGAUCCCGUAACAACUACGUCGAACCAGGCAACGGAUGUCAAGAAGAAGAAGAGACACAAGCCACAAGAUACGGACAAGAAGAAACAGACCAAGUCUUCCUCCUCCAUUUGGUCCAAACUGGGUAUUCCGUCCAGACGACCCGUCGAAACGACACCAAAAGCAGCGUACGAUUCCACGCUUCAGCAGCCAAUACAAUUGGGGUACAAUGGUGAUGGUGACGCCUCGUCGUUGACAAGCAACAGCUUGAAACAGAUCAAGAAACAGCCCAUUGUCUACUGGAGCAGCCUCAUUCAAAAUCUACAUACCGUGCCAACCAUUGUGGUUCCAAAAACGCCCAACAAUGCAACCAGCAGUAGCAGUGCUUCGACGACUACAGAUAGUUCAAUACAGGAGGAUCCACCGCCACGUAAUGGCAACGACAACGAGGAACCUUCGACUAGCACAAUGGAGGAUCAACAGCCAAGUAUUGACAACGACACGCAAGAGCCUCUUGUCGAGGAAACUUUGACCAGCACAAUGGAGGACACACCGCCGCCAAGUAUUGACAACGACACGCAAGAGCCUCUUGUCGAGGAAUCACCAACCCAACGACAGGAAUGA